AUGCGAUUAGAUUCAGGAGAUAUAUUUUCUCUAACUUUUAGUGCAACAUCAGGAGGGUUUGUGAAGUAUCUGGAUCGAGACACAAAUCAAAUACAAAGUACAAAUUAUUACAGUGGAAAAACCAGGGAAAACGUUAUAAAUUUUAAAUUUGAUUAUGAAGUGCCUGUCCAUUGUAUUGGCGAUUCAACGCCUUGUUUGGAAAAAUCACCACUUCGUUUAGAAGAAGAUAUAACAAAGAAUCCGAUAACUCCCCACUGGGAUGGUUGGCGUGAUGAACUAUCAGGCAUUUUGCGAUAUUCUGUAGAGUUUUGGAGGAUGGAAUACAGCCUUGAUUACAUGCAGCUUCGAGAACCACUAAUCACACAAACAUCAAACCCUGUUCCAGAUUACUUACAGGAAGUAAAUUUUACCACACCUCUACAAUUUCCAACAUUUUCUCCUUCGAAACCUGGCGUUUAUUCCUGUAUCCUUGAGGUUAGUGAUAAAGCCAACAACUCACAGUAUGCAAGAAGAUUUGUAAUAUUUGAUAAAACAUCCCUGGUGACAACCAGAAAUCAUAACCCUUUAUAUUGCUCUUCUGCUUCAAAAUCGACUAAUUUCACUUGGCAGACAACUAUAAAUGACGAAAACGGACAAACUAGAAUUAAUAUCGCAUGGAAGGACCACUUUGUAAAUCUAGUGCAUGAAGAAGGCCAUUUUUUAAGUCCUGUUUUAAGCUAUGAACCCAGAUUGACUGAUGGUGGUCGAAGAAUUGAUUAUAAGAAAAUAUAUCCUGCUUUUGACGACAACGAAGGUUCCAGGACAAGAAAUGCUAUUUCAAAUGUAAAUAGCAUUGUACUUUUUGAAUUUGCACAUCAGAUACCCCCAGUUAUAAUCUGCAGUUUAAACUGGGAAAAUUCAAGUCUGACACAAAACUGGUCACUAACAGUUCCAAGUAUCAAGGAUGGU